UUAAGAAAGUCUUUAGCUGAAGCUAGGAACCACCAAAAUACCUCUCUUUUUUCUUCUUCUGUUUUUUGGCAGAGUCAAUUGAUUAAGUAGGAGUUGAAGGAGAGAAUGGAAGCCACAGAGCAGAACAAGUCGAGGGUUGUGAUGAUUGAUUCUUUGCAAUCAUGGGAAUCCUAUGUCACCCAGGCCUUUAACCAGAAAUGCCCUAUUGUUGUUCACUUCACUGCUUCAUGGUGCAUCCCAUCGGUGGCUAUGACUCCUUUUUUUGAAGAACUGGCUUCAAGCUAUCAAGAUGUUCUGUUUCUCACUGUUGAUGUUGAUGAAGUCAAGGAGGUAGCCACACGGAUGGAUAUAAAGGCAAUGCCAACAUUUUUGCUGCUGAAGGAUGGUACUCCACCAGAGAAGCUCGUUGGUGCCAAUCCAGAAGAGAUAAAGAAAAGGAUAGAUGGGUUUGUUCAGUCUAUUCAUGUCUCUAGUUAAGCAUCUAUGAUAUUUUUCUGUUGCAAGUUGUAUGAUAUGUGUUUGUGGUCCUGCACUAUGGCAUCUGUGUCAAAGCCUUUUGUCGUGGUGGCAUGUUGAAUAUCAGUUCAAGACUAAUUUCCAAGUUUGAUUACCUGAAUGCUUUGGUUGAUGGUUACAUUCUACAGCUUUUAUGUCAACUGAAAUUUUUAUAUUUUAUAGUUUUCGAUGUUGUGGAUUCAUGGUACUCUUUCCCCGCUAGUUGUGAAUUCUAGUGAACGAAAAAAACAACCAUACACAAAAUGUACUCAUGGUCUCUAUUUGAGUUUAUUUUCUUCAGUGUAUUUUUUUUUUUUUUUUUUCUUUCCAGAU